UGUUGGGUAAGCGAGGCGGGCCUGGGAAGCUGAGUGGGAGUGGCGCGGAACUGCAGCGGUUCCUGAAAACCUGAGUGGCGGCAAGCCGGGUCUGCGAGCUAAUAUUUUUAAAAUGACCACACCAAACAAGACACCUCCCGGUGCUGACCCUAAGCAGUUGGAAAGGACUGGAACAGUACGGGAAAUUGGGUCACAAGCUGUUUGGUCACUCUCAUCUUGCAAACCAGGAUUUGGAGUGGAUCAAUUACGAGAUGACAAUCUAGAAACUUAUUGGCAGUCAGAUGGCUCCCAGCCUCAUUUAGUGAACAUCCAAUUCAGAAGAAAAACAACAGUGAAGACAUUAUGUAUUUAUGCGGACUACAAAUCUGAUGAAAGCUAUACUCCAAGCAAGAUCUCAGUCAGAGUAGGAAAUAAUUUUCACAAUCUUCAAGAGAUUCGGCAACUUGAAUUGGUGGAACCAAGUGGCUGGAUUCACGUUCCUUUAACUGAUAAUCAUAAGAAGCCAACUCGCACAUUCAUGAUACAGAUUGCUGUUCUAGCCAAUCAUCAGAAUGGAAGAGAUACCCACAUGAGACAAAUUAAAAUAUACACACCCGUGGAAGAGAGCUCCAUUGGUAAAUUUCCUAGAUGUACAACUAUUGAUUUCAUGAUGUAUCGCUCCAUAAGGUGACCUUGAAACAGAACAAAAGUCAUUAAACAUAUCUUUAUCUUGUCAGUAAAGAUUAAAUCUGGUAUCUUUAUUGAAAAAAGGAUCAAUUAUUUUGCAGUUUUUUAUGCAUUGAAAAGUAUUUUAUUGUAACUUUAAUAAAUAACUUUUGGGUCAUACUAUGUUUAUUUUCUUUAACAUAUAAUAAAGCUCGCAUAUUUUAUAAUUAUUAAAAUGAAUUUGAGCCAAUCAUUAAAUUUUUCCUUAUGUCAAAAGAAAACCAGUUGAACUGAAAAUUUUUAAGAUAUACACAAUUUUUUACUAACUAGGUAAUUAUUUCAUAUAGUGAUCAUGCAUUACAGUAAUGAUUUACUGCGUGUUUGGGAACAAAACUAUGUUUUACCAAUAGAUAUUAUCUUUAAUAGGCCAGAAUUAUUAUUUUUUUCUAUCCAGAGGAAGCUUCUUCUAUUAAUACUUGGUCUUUUUAAAAACUGUGUCAAAAUAAGCUUAGCAUUCAGUGUGUGAUGAGAACCAUUCUGAUUUGGGGAAUGUAAUUAAUUGUGUCAUAAUUAUCGUACUCCCAUGAAAUAUUUUUAACCCUAGGGUUGUCUAUAUCCUGAUAUUAUGUUAGCAAUUGCCAAUAUAAUCUGCUGUUUAUUCUAAUUCUAAUGCUGUUUAUAGAAUAGUUUCAAAUUUGUGUCUGACACUGAAGCAUUCCCUAAGGGAUAAUGUAGCUCAUGAAAAUUUUAAAAAUAUAUGAAAUUGUUCUUUACAUAUAAAAAUAUUUUAAAGUCCCUUAAAUGAGGUUUCUUUCCAUGGUUUAACAUGAGUCGAUUUGAUUCUGUUUAUCUCCCCCGGCACCACCCACUACCCCAUAUCCUUACUUUGGGGGAGACAGAACUUCUCCAUAUUGGCUCUUUUUUUUUUCUUUUUGUGGUUGUGCCGCAUGGCUUGUGGGAAUCUUACCUCUCCGACUAGGGUCCGAACCCGAGCCCUUGGCAGUGAGAGCAUGGAGUCCUAACCACUGGACUGCCAGGGAAUUCCCACCAUAUUGGCUCUUGUUUGGGAAAGAUUCCUCAGAGGUUCUUGCAUUACUGGGUAGACUGAAGUCUUAAAUUAGCAAAGUUUAGGAAAUAAUUAUGUGUUUGAUUUAUUCUGGCAGAGUACUAAUUUACAUGGAUGCUAUAAAAAAUGAAGGUUUCAUUUUUUUCACUCAGCAGAAUCUCAGCUCUUUUUUCUAUGAGUUCCACAAAGAGUUUGUCAUUUUCAUUCUGUUGUCUUUAAAGUAAGAAGCAUGGUAAGUGACUGUAUCAUCACCAAAAAGUCUGUAACCAAAACUCAUUUGAGAUCAGUGAAUUACUCCCAAGCAUAGAUGUCAGAUGCUGGGAAGGGUAGAAGAAAAACAGAUGGAUAGGAAUUAAAAGAAAAGGAGAGAAUCAAGAAAAUAAGAAGAGCAAUAUAUACUUGGCACUGUAUUGAUGUUCUGCGUUAGUCUGAUAAGGAAAACAUUCAUGUAAACAACAGGCAGAGUCUAAGAGGCAGAGAAAUCUAAUAAAAAGUACAGGAAGUUUUAUUAGUAAUAAUGUUACUACUUGCUAACUGCUUUUUAAAAAUUUGCUUAAAAGAAAAAAGGAGGAGGACUAAUUAUCAUUUACCUGAUCCAGUCUAUUAUUUCCUACUAUUAAUAGUUUGUGAAAAAAACUCCUACAAUUAGGAAGAAUUAAGAAGAAUGUUGGGAAAAUCACUAUGUUUUCUAGUUCUACUCCCUUUCCCUGUUUUUCAUAAACCAGCUGAGCACCUCAUUAGGCAUGGGAAAACUUGGUAGCCCCAGAUUGUGGAGGUAAUGCUUCCCCUUAUUUUAAGGAUUAUCUGAAGUCCUGAUAGACCAUGUAUUACAUUAACAAUGCAUAAUUAUCUAAAGCAGUUUCAUUUCUCUUUUGAAAGAGCAAAUUAUAUAGCCAACAAAAUAUUUGUAUCUAGAAUAUAUAAAGAACUCUUCUUAUCACUUAACAGGAAGAAGACAUACAAUCCCAUUAAAGUGAGCAAAAGAUUUAAACAAUCAUUUCAUCAAAGAAGACAUAUGAUUGACAAAUAAGCAUAUGAAAAGAUGCUCAACUUCAUUGGAUGUUAGUGAAAUGCAAAUUAAAAUCGUAAUGAGAUACCAUUUCACAGCCACUAGAAUGACUGUGGUUAAAAUGACAACGAGGAGGGGGAAGGGUAAGCUGGGACGAAGUGAGAGAGUGGCAUGGACAUAUAUACACUACCAAAUGUAAAACAGAUAGCUAGUGGGAAGCAGCCGCAGAGCACAGGGAGAUCAGCUCGGUGCUUUGUGUCCCCCUAGAGGGGUGGGAUAGGCAGGGUGGAAGGGAGAUGCAAGAGGGAGGAGAAAUGGGGAUAUUAUGUAUAGCUGAUUCACUUUGUUAUACAGCAGCAACUAACACAACAUUGUAAAACAAUUAUACUCCAAUAAAGAUGUUAAAAAAAAAGACAAUUGCACGUGUUAGCAAAGAUAUGGAGGAAAUGGACCUCUUGUCAAACUACUGAUGAGGAUGUAAUUAGUGUAUAACCACUUUGGAAAACAUUUUGGUAAUUUCUUAAGUUAAACAUAUACCUGUGUAUGGGUAUUUACCCAAGAGAAAAGAAAGCGUAUGUCCGUACAAAGACUUGCACAUGAAUGUUCAUAGCAGCUUUAUUUGUAGUACCUAAAAAUUGGAAACAAUGCAAAUGUUGAUCAAUCGGAGAAGGUAUAAACGAAUUGUGGUAAAUCCAUAUAAUAGGAUACUACUCAGCGAUAAAAAUAAAUGAACAGUUAAUACAUGCGACAACAUGGAUACAUUUACAAAAUAAUUAUGCUGAAAGAAAGAAACCACAAAAAAGAGUAUAUAGUGUAUGAUUCUAUUUUUUUUUUUUUUAAUUCUAGA